GGCCCUGAUAAGGAUGGAUUUUUUAAUGAAAAAUCUGUCCGUAUCCGUCUUCCAGGUUUCCAGACUAGUAUUUCUUCGUAGGUGCAUCUGUGCAGAUUAACGCGUCUCAGGUCCAGUCUCAACUAAAGAUGCUAGGAGUGAUAAAAUAUCGCUGCCGUGCUAUGCGGAUUCGAACUUUUUAGAGAGAGAGAGAGAGAGCGCGCUCUUAGGUUCAUCAAACUAUCACUCUCGAUUUUGUAAUCAACUACAGAUGUCUUUGCAUCUUGGUAAUCUAUCAUCCCGCCUUCAUAGGGAUGAACUUGUACGUGUUUUUCGGAGGUUUGGGCGGUGUAAAAUACAGCUGAAAGAUGGUUUUGGUUUUGUAGUUUACGACUUCCCUGCGAAUGCAGAGAAAGCCCUGAGAGCACUUCGGGGCAAGAACAUCUGUGGGGAGCCAGUAACGAUUUCAUGGUCAAACAGGCAGCCGAGACCCACCUUGCAGAGAUUUGCAAGAGGUCUCAGAUCUCACGAGACACAGCAAGGAAGGAAAUCUGCAAGAGGAGAAGAGUAUGUCACUCGGAAACUGGGUUCAAAUGGUCGACGAGAUUACAGAAAGGGUUUCAAGCAUCCAGAUAGUGAUGGUGGAAGACUUAACUCUACUGAUAUGAUGGAUGAAGUAACAAGCUACCAUCAGGACGAUAUUAAGGAGUACAUAGGGGAAGAAAACCAUAAUUUCAGGGAAGCUUUGAGUGAAAAAGGUGGUAGCUUUGAACCUAACCUCUUGGACAAUGAUAGAUGGGAAGAACAAGUUGGUGACCCAUUGGAUGUAAUUGGGGUUGAAAACGGAUUGGAAUUUGAUCGCUAUGAACCUUAUCGUGGUGAUGACAGAAGGGAUGGGAAUGAAAAUAAUCAGGAGAGCCCUUCAGGUGAUUCACCUGCUCUGAUAAAGUCACGGGAGAAAACAGGGAGAGAGCAAACUGUUAAGGCAGCUUUUAACUGUCCAGAUGGUACACAACCUCAGCAGGCAUGCUACAUUUGUGGGGAUUUGGGUCACAAAAUGCUUAAUUGUCCCCAAGAAAGUGCAUUCAGGAGAAAGAAGUUGAGCAGCUUUGAUCGUAGGCAAAAUGAAGAAAUGAAUUUUAGGGAAAAAGUUGAAGGUGAUCUGAGAAGUCGUGGACGCAAGUAUUGGCGGAGGCUGCAGUUAAGUAGAGAUGCUGCAUUGAUGACGCGACACAAGAAUGAUGAGGAGGCAUCUGGUUCAAGAAGGCAUCGGAGAUCGAUAAGGAGUAUGAAUUCUCCAAUAAGAAAGGGAACUCGAAAGGCUCCGAGAAAGCACUAUAGGGAAAAGAAGCAAAGUAGGAGAGAAAGUGGAAUUCCAGAAAGACAUCAUGUGAAGAGAGCAAGGGGUCCAGUUUCAUCUUCUAAACAUUCUGAUUAUACUGAAUCUGGAUCACACUCACACUCACAGUUCUCAAGGUCUCCAUCUGGGUCUAGUUCUGGUUCAAAAUCAAGAUCAGAAAGUUCCAGAACAUGUUCCCAUUCUUCCAGAUCAAGGUCUGUUUCAACAUCACAACAUUCCAGGUCUGAAAGCUAUAACUCCAGGCCAAGGUCGAGGUCCUCGUCUCCUACAUCCUUGUCUUUGUCUGUAUCCAUAGGCACACCUUUGCCAUCCUCUACAAAUAAGGCACAGAUGAAUCAGAAGGGCUCUUUGUUGGGUGUUAAUAGUCCUGAAUCCAAGAUAGUUUUGGUUGAACAAGGACAAGAAGUACAUGGUGGUGUAGGUUCAGAAAAUUAUGAACCUGAAAAUAUGACAUUUGAAAUGGAAAAUGAAAAUGCAGCAGCACCCUUCAAGAUAGGAGCGGACAUGGACAAAAAUCAUCCUAAGCUGAUGGAUGAUGAUACAAACUGCGUGCCUGGGAUUCCACGUGAAGUGAAAAAUUCAGGUACUCCGCUUUUAGAGAAGGGUGAUUAUGCUACUGCGAGUUUGUCCCCUCAUAGUUUGAGAGGGUUGAGGGAUCUUCAAAAUUCAAAUGUCCUCAUGACGGGACAUAUGUUGACACAAACUAAAAAGCCUGACUCGGAAGUUUCUGUAAAAUCCCGCUCAGGUAAUUUAACCAGCAUAUCACCAGAGGAGUUGGACAUGGUUCUGAAACACUAUGGCCUGGAACACCCUAAAGAAAAUGAAAUGGAUAAACCGGUGGAGGCUUACUUUGGUUCUGCUCGCUUGUGGCCUUGGGAGAUCAUUUAUUAUAGGAGACUUAGAAAGGGCCCUAUUUCAAUGGAGAAUUAUGCCCAGAGGAUUGCUCAGAAUGAAGAAUUUGGUAUUGUUGACAAGUACAUAAGAAGCAGUAGUGGGUGGGGAGAGGUGGGUCGAGACAACUCUUGAGCAAUUCCAUCAGUUGAUGAGGCAAAUUAUCUCUUCCGUUUACUACUACAUUUUGUUCACAUGUCAGAUGCAAAAUUCUAGAAUUUUUCAGGAUGACAUUGUACAGGGUUUAAAAUUUUUCUUUUGCUCGUGCUUCACGACUUUGUCUUGCAUUGUUAGUAAUUCCUGUAAACCUAUUGGCUUUAUGCAUUUGCUAAUUUGUCAUGGGCCACUAGCCAGUUGGAACAGAGAAACAAGGGAAGAUCAAAGAAUCCACCGGGUCCCUAUCUGACAUCAAAAGUUGGAGUGGUGCAUUGUUGGCCGACAUACUUGAAUUAUUUCCAUUUUCUUAACAGCUCACGUCAAUUACCUCAACAACAGAGGUUUAAGAUAAACACAGUGUUCCAGAAUUAACUAUCUUGGCAUGACACGUGGUUGCUAAAUGUUUGGGAUGCAAAGCAGUGGCACACUCUUCAGAAAGAAAUUUGUCGCAGUAUUCUGCAAUCAUGGAUGGUGAUUUCGGCAUUUUGACACUUUGGAUUGGGAUUGCUGUGUAGAGAGCUUGAGCAUCAACAGGUAAUUAGAAUAGCACUGAAAUGAUUUUUCAGUUGAGUUUUUGAGGCUGAUUUAGAAGAUUAGGUUGACACAACUAUGUCUAUGUAUUCAUUUCGAUUCCUUAUCUAACACGGUCACAGUAUAGGUCCGUCACACAGCCUUGAUUUUGUAUUAAAAAAUUCAACAAUAGUAGUGUGUGUGUGUGAGAGAGAGAGAGAGAGAGAGAGAGAGAGAGAGAGUUGCAUGUGUAAACGAGAGGAGUAAAAGAGGAGGUUGAAAAAAUGAAGGUGUGUUGAAUUGAAUGAGUAGCUAGGUGAACGUGAGGGGGAGGGGAGAUGAGAGGAGAGGGUUGCCAAAUUGGCAACAAGAGAUAGCGAGGGAGGAUGAGAACUAAAUUUGGUAUUUAUCAUCUGACUUAAUGUCCCUCUCAUUAUUUUCAACUGUCUCAA